CACAACCCAAAAUUCAAUACAUGUACGAUACGAUCUAGAUUUUGCAGGAAAUAAGGCGAGUUGUUUAUUCGGUUGUUUCAGGAAUAGAAAAAAAAAGAUGAAGUUAUCCUUAAUAAAAACGCAAAUCAAGAAUAAACAUGUUGUGGAGGCAUAUGAAAGACUGGAGUCCAGCGGAAACUUGAAACAGUUAAUUUUUUCCACCCUAUCAGAAUUUGGAAAUUUAAAACACUACUCUGCGUUCAUCAACGAAGACAAUGUAUUACAAGGCGUAUCGAACCUAAUGAAUAUGGUUAAGAAACUUAAUAAUCAAAGUGAAAGGUUCCACGGCCAUGUAGUUGUACGAGAACUUGACACGCUGUUGAACUCUUGCUUUCAAUUUUGGAUUAAAGAGCCAGUGGAAACGCCACAUUCGGUUAAAAAGAUCGAGGCAACAUUACCCAUAACUCCUGUUGAUUCAGAGGCCAGAGAACAAAAUGCUGGUGUCGACUGCAGCUUUAAUGAUACCUCCCAGUACUUUCCUUCAAGGAUUAGAAACAGUUAUGUCUUGGAAACAUUUCGCCUGAAGAAAGGAGAUGCCCUGAAAACCCAUGAAUAUUUGUGUAAAUGGGCAGGCUUAUCGCCUGAAAAAGUCCAUAUGAUUAACUUUACAAAAUCCAUGAAGAAUGUUGUCCGAAAAGCAGAUGAAUUGAAAGACAGAGAUGUUGCACAGCUUAAUUCUUUCUUGAAGGAAUUUUUCAAAUUUCCAUUAGUGGCGGAGACGAAAGGCCAGGAAGAGCAAGUAUUGACAGAUUCUUUGAUAAAAACUCGGAUUAAGAAUAAAUAUGUUAUGGAGGCAUAUGAACGAUUGAAGGCAAGGGAAAAUUUGAAACAGUUGAUAUAUUCAAGUCUAUCCGAUUUGGGAAAUUUUGCGCAUUACCCUGAAUUCAUCGAUGAAGACAAUGUAUUUCAAGGUGUAAUGAACAUGAUGGAAAUGGUUAAAAAACUACAGGGCCAAAAGUCAAGGUCCAAAAGAGUUUACAAGAGUUUACAAGAGCUUGACACAUUUAUGAAUUCAAACUUUCAAUUUUGGAUCAGGAAACCUGUAGAAAGAGAGACUGCAAUGUGUGAAGGCAUAGUUGAAAAUGAUACAUUUUCUGAAAAUUUACUAGUGAUAAAUGAAGAUACAAGUGAGAUGUCAAUGGUUUCUUCAGAUCGAGUAGAGAAUUGUUGUAAACCAAGUGAUAACCAUGUCGGAACUAAAGCAAAGACUAAACGGCAAUGUAACGCUAAACAUGACCCAGCGGUGUUCCAUUACUCAAAUAUCAGAAUAGGUCAUGUAAUAGAAACAUUUCGAUUGAAAAAAGAAGAUGGCUUGAAAACCCACGACUGUUUGUGUAAGUGGGAAGGUAUAGCUCCCGAAAAGGUUCACGUCCAGAACUUCAUUGAAGAUGUAAACAACAUUGUAAGAAAAGCUGAUGCAUUAAAAAGGACGGACAUUGCGCUGUAUAAGUCUUUCAUGAAGGAGUUUUUCAAAUUCCCCCUCCUAGAGACGUUAGAAAGCGACAGGGUGCCACGGAAAGGAAGAAAGUCGAAGUGCAAGAAAACGAAAGAAGAACAUUUAGAGAAGAAAUCGGAGGAUUCUCCAAAUAAAUCGGACGGAGACACUGAUAAAAGGACUAGAGAAAGGAGCGAGAAUGAAACAACACAUGAAGAAAAUGGACCUUCAGAAAAUUAUGAACGAAAGGGGAAGAAAAGAACUAAACAAAAUACGAAUGAGACAACACAUGAAGAAAAUGGAACUUCAGAAAAUGAUGAACGAAAGGGGAAGAAAAGAACUAGACAAAAUACGAAUGAUGAUACAGCUGUCAGUGAUGUGAUCGUGAAGCAAACGUUUACUAAACCCAAGCAUAGAACAAUGUUACAAAAGAAAAGAUCGAAACAAGCCAUGCUAGAACUGCAAUUGAAAAUGAAACUUCAAUACCAAACAAAACUAAAACAUCUGAUCAAAAGACAGAACAGUAUUAUCGUCAAACAAAGAACACAAAUACGGGCGCUGAAACGGAGACGAACAGGGGCCCUAACCGAUAGUGUGAGCAAAGGGGUUCAAUGUAGCUUGAUUUCAGCUACGCCAAAAACUGUCUUAGUGAGAGUGUUGAAAACUUAAAAGAUGCUGUGGCGUUGCUCAGUUCAAUAUUAUAUAGAUAGGUAACAUAAAAUGAUUUGGAAAGAAAUAUUUAUGUAUAAUACACCUAAGAACUUGAACGAUUUUUUUUUACUUUUAUGUACAUACCAGUAACUAUGUCGUUUAUUUAAUGUAUAUGAGCCUUUUUGAGGCUCUUUUUGAAUGCAAUUGAGAGCAGUGUAUUCUUGGCUGUGGUGAUGUAAUAUCUAUGAGAAUUUGUGAUUAUAAUUUGAUAUUAAAAACAAAUUUGUU